GGUGAAAAACGGAUUACUCCCAGACUGACCCCGACAAAAAUGUGUUAUCUAUAAAAUUGAUGGAAUUCUGGAGUAAAAUGGAUAUCAUCAGUGGAGAAAAAAUGUACGGGUGCUUUGAGCUUCUAAAUAGAAACAUGAUUCCAAGUCCAUGUGAAAUAACAAAGUUACGCUCAAAGGAAUAAUAGAUGAACGCUUCAUCUUAAAAAAAUACGAUAGACAACAGAACCUUGGAUGUUCGGCUUUAUUCAUUGGAAUCUAUAACUGUAACAUUUUUUGUACGUGGGGAAAGUGUUUGUUUUAAUUCGGAAACGACUGAACUUAAAGCGAUAAAUAAUAUUUGCACGAUGGAAAUGAGCGGCAAUGACUGUAUUACUCAUUCCUUUCCAAUAAUGUGACGACAAUGCUUUAAAAAUUCUCUAGAUUUUUUGAUAAUGAGGCAAUAGAUACUCGAAUUACUUCAACAUCAGAACCUGAUGUAUGCACACUUUCUUUAACAACACAUCAUUUUAUACUGAAUCAAGAAGCAAUGAGCAAGCUGGUGAUAAUAAUGGAAAAGGCUAUGGAUACUGGAGCGUAGAAUGCCAUGUUCAUUGAAUAGACAGGAUGUGACUUUCAGUUGAAUUGAUAAGAUUCAAAGUCCGUGUGAAAUAACAAACUUACGAGAUGAACGCUUCGUCUACGAAAUGCGAUAGACAACGUAAUCUUGGAUGUUUGGCUUUAUUCUAAGGAAUAUAUGCCUGCAAUAUUUUUAUACAUGGGGAAAAGGUAUUUGUCUUUAAUUCGGGGAACGACUGUACUUGAAGCGAUAAAGAAUAUUUGCACGUUGAAGCUUCAACCAUGGAAUUAAGCAGCAAUGACGGAAUAACUCAUUCAUUUCCAAAUAAUGUGAUGCUUUAAAUUCUCCAAACUUUGUGCGAAUGCUUUACAAUAAUGACACAAUAGAUACUCGAAUAUUUUCAACAUCAGAACAAGAUGUAUGCACACUUUCUGAAACAACACGUCAUUCUAAACUGAAUCAAGAAGCAAUGAGCAAGCUGGUGAUAAUAAUGGAAAAGGCUAUGGAUACUGGAGCGUAGAAUGCCAUGUUUACUGAAUAGACAGGAUGUGACUUUCAGUUGAAUUGAUAAGCACAUGAUGACAAGUAAUUCAUCGUUGGAACUGCAAGAAAACCCAAAGUUUUUUCGACAUGAUUCCAAGUAUGACUGCCUGGUAUGUAAGGAAGUGCUCAAGGAGGCAAUGCAGACAAGCUGUGGGCACAGGAUUUGUGAGAGAUGUAUUGCCAAGUUAUUUGAAGGAAAGUCAGAACCAGUCAUGUGUCCUGCUAAUGAAGAAGAUUGUGAGCCACAAUGCAGAACUGAUAUAACACCAGAUCCCAGCGGACGAAGGGAAAUAAGGAAUUUGAAAGUUUAUUGCGAUUACAAAGACAAGGGUUGUGAUGAAGUUGUUAGAUGGAAAGACCUUCAAGGUCACAUGAGCAAUUGCAAGUUUAAGCCAAUUACAUGUCCAAACCAUGAAUUUGGAUGUGAAACAUCACUGACGAGUACCAAUUUUCAACAACAUAUACAAAACGAAUGUGAAUACAGGCAAAAAGAGUGUCAGUUUUGCAAAAUCUUUGUGCCGGCCAAGUUGUUGCAAAAACAUUUUGAUGACGAAUGUUUGGUAGUCCAACUUGCGUGCCCUUACAGUUGUGGUAGUCAGCCUAUGGCUAGAACAGAGUUGAGAAACCAUAUGGAAACAUGCCCAAGUAAACCUAAAGAAUGCAGAUUUAAGUCUGUUGGAUGUGAUUUUAAAGGAACAGAUGAACAGGUUCAACAUCAUUUAGUGACAGAUUUAAAUAAACAUUUAGAGAAUGUGACUCUAUAUACAGCAAAUAUGGAAGUUCAGAGCAUUGGAAUCAGAAGGGAAUUACAAGAGGUAACAGCAGAGAGGGAUCAAUUAAGACAAGAAGUGAAUGUUGUUAGACAGGAGAUGGCAGUAAUGAAAACAAACUUCGAGAAAGUACAAAAUUCAAACAAAGAACUAAAGUUAAAGAUGGUCUCACUGACAGAAAGAGUAAUACAUUUAGAAAAGCAAUCAGAGAAUGCAGCAAAAAAAGAUGUUGUUGAACGCCAUGAUAGGGAUGUAAGAACAAUGCAGACAUCCUUGACCCAAGUUCGAGCCCAGGUGGUACAACUUGAAAGGCUGAGCUUAAAUGAAGGAGGACGUUCAGGAUCAGGAGAAACUGCCCCAGCUCCAGAGUUAAAGCGUAGAUUAGACAUGCAUGACAGCCAGUUUGCACAGCUAGAUGUUCAGAUGGCAGAACUGGACCUAAGAUUUCAGAUCCUGGAGACAGCAAGCUACGAUGGUACACUAAUGUGGAAGUUGAGGGACUAUGCUCGGAGAAAACAAGACGCAGUUCAAGGGAGAACACUCUCAUUGUACAGUCAGCCAUUUUACACCCACAGAUAUGGUUAUAAGAUGUGUGCUCGGGUGUAUCUUAAUGGAGAUGGUAUGGGAAAAGGAAGUCACAUGAGCCUGUUCUUUGUUGUUAUGAGAGGUGAGUAUGAUAACCUGUUGCCAUGGCCGUUCCAGCAGAAGGUUACGAUGACACUUCUUGACCAGGAGACUGGACAGUGCAACCUUUCUGACUCGUUCAGACCAGAUCCAACCAGUAGCAGUUUCAGGAAACCAACAACAGACAUGAAUAUUGCUUCUGGAUGUCCCCUAUUUGUUUCUCAUGCUGUGUUAGAAACAGCAAAGUAUGUGAAAGAAGAUACAAUCAUGAUUAAAUUUCAGGUGGAUUUGGCAAAUCUCAAUCAUCCCUAACCCAGGCACGCAUGGAAGUAAUAGCUACAAACUUGUAGGUGUAAAAUGUCUUUUUUCAAAAGAUUCAUUUGUGAUAAGACAUUUUGUACUGGUAAGGUGUAGUCAUUACAUAUGUUUUACACAGGUACAUAUUGGUGUUGAUUAUUGUAAUAUUUUCAGUAAGUUGGUAUAUGUACUUCCAUGCGUAGUGUCUGAGGAGAGCAGUCUAUUCUCUUCACAAACAUUUGAAAUUGAUAAACUUAUUAUUAACAUUGUGUUACUUUAUAGUUAUAUAUUACAACUGUAUAUGCCUAUCAAAGAAGGAGUGAUAGUUGUUAACAUCAUGUAUGUUAGUCUUGAUAUAGCUUAUUCAGCUUCGACCUAUAUUCCAAUCCUAGAUGUGAGCACUACAUUAAGCAUUCGUUAUCAGCUUAAGUUAAAUGUUGAUGCUUCUGUUGCCUUUUCAUAUUUCUUUACGUUUGCCAAAUUUUGUUUGCAUCAUUUUUUAGAAUAUGGAAGGCCAGUUAAGAUAAACAUUUAUUUACCAGUAAGCAGAAAUAAAAAAGGCUUGUGUCUGCCAUCCAGGGUGGUUAUAGAAAUUUUUUUCUUCAUAAUUAUGUUACCCACAGAGAUAAAAAUAAUGCCCCUUUUAAAGCAACACCAUGUUCAAGUUAUACGGGCAUAUAAUAAAGGUUAUGUGUAUACUUGUUAUCAAAUUGAGGAGAUUGCCAUUUAUACAUUAACUAAUAUUGGUAAUACAUGUAUUUAUAAAGGUGUUUGAUAUCAAAAUUGUUUCUUUAAUUUUUAUGUAAAUUUUGCGUUGACAUUGUAUACUACUACAGAAAUUGAGAGCAGGGCUGUAUAUUUUUCAAUUUCAACUCUUUUUAAGGGUUAGGUAAAUGCUCUCUUCUAUUACACCAAUGAAAAUAUUUCAUGCAAAUGAUGUAGAAAGAGGAAAUUUUCAACAACUUGAGAAGGAUAAUAUUGCUUGACUUGACUGUUCAAAUGGGGGGGGGGGGGUCCUGUAAAUGUCAUGCCAUUCAGAAAUCAUUAUAACUAAUAAGUUAUUCAAAUGAAAUAAACUAAUGUUAAAAUUAUCUUAAAUUUUACUGCAAUAGGAAAAGCGAUAGGGUUAAAUAUUUAUUUCUAGUGAAAAAGUAUUCAUAAGAUAUUUAUUUUACUGUUCAUUAAUUCUAAAUUCUGACAGAAAGCACGGUUUGGGCUACUUCUUUUGAUAAUGUUAUACAUAUAUCAUCUUAAUUUAUUAUGAUACAAGUCUUAUUUUAAUAUAUAUUUAUACAUCAUAUUCAAAUUGUUUCAGAGUUUGGCAGAUUGUCAGCUUUUUUUAUAGGACACUGUGUAUGGAUAUCAGAAUGUUAAAUGGUUUAUGUAGUAAAUGUUGUUGUAAAUGCUCUAUUAAUGGAGACAAUAUUAUAAUUAAAGAUAAUGUAUAUCAAUUUUAUUGUGUAUAUUUUAUAUAAAACAUCUGCCAGCAAUCAUGCUGUAAAUGGCAGUACUAAAUAGCCUUUAUAAGUAAAUAAUCUGAGAUGUAAAUUUUCUAACACAUAGAAACAGAUUGAAAGCUAUCCUCUACUGAGAGUAUCAUAGAUAACUGAUAAUGUUUCCACAUGUGACAUUUUAAAGGGCAUAUUAUGCUUAUUUUUCAUGUCAAAUAUCUAAACUAAAACUUAAAAUUUUAUAAUUAAUGCUUUUUGACAUUUCAAUAUAAAGAGUUCAGCUGACGAGUCUACCAAACGGACGAAACAAAUAUGAAUGUGCUAUCAAUAAUACUAAGGGUCAUAACUAAUUCAAAUCUACAUCUUGCAGUCAAUAAUAACAUUAUUAUAGGUUUUGACAAGGGCUGUAUUAUGAUUUGUUGACAUUUAUAUUUUGCCUUAUCAAUUUCAUACUAGAUUUUUAUGUCAAAUCAUUUUACAAUCAGUCUUUGGAAGAAAUACUAGUAUAUUCUAAAAAGAUUAAAACUUUUGGGGCAACUUCGAUAUUAACAUAUUUUAUAUAGUGAUUUUAGUAUUAUGAAUUUUAAACAGACAGCCCACUUCUCCAUCACUGUGUCUGGCUAUUGUUUGAAUGAUUUGCUUAUAUCUAAGUAUUAACACCUGGUGGAAGGGGUUAUUUUGCAGAAAUACAUAUGUUGUAAUUUGUGUGUAGAAUUUUUAAAGUAAUGCUCUCUUAGAGUGUUUCUAUGUUGUAAUGCUCUUUGGUCAGAUAGUUUGUUGAUUUUAUUGUUUGACCACAAUGUGGUAUUUUCCAGUAUUAACCCUUUUGAGGGUUUAAAACUCCUUAGGAAGAACGUUUCAAAAGAAAUUGAGUUGACAUUGUAAUUCUAAAAGUCAAGGUCAAAAUAACAUCUUAGCUGACGUUGUGUAGUGCAGAGUAAAAAAAUUCUUGAAGCUGUCAAACUUGUAUAAUUGACCAAUAUUCAAAAUUGUGACUUUGUAAGUCAACAUGAUGUAUGAAAUAGUUCCAAUGCAUGACUUUGUCAUCUAAGGUUAGCUUACCAUACAUGUAAUUAAGUAAUUAGGUCACAUGUCUAAGUGAUAAGACUUUAAAGUCCUCUUGUAUAGAGGAAAGCAAUGCUUAUUACUGCCAAAUAUAAGAAUGUUUGUUUUGUAGAUACAGAUUAUCAUCUUGUUUUUGUUUGUUUAUAAGUUAAGAUGUAAAGAAUACAGUAGCCUUGAUACUCUAUGUUGUCUUUACAAUAAAUAUAAAGGGCUGUGAUAAACAGCUGUAUAUUGGCUCUUGAUUUGUAUAUACUCUGUCAAACCUGACCAGGAGAAGGAAUGAAUAGUUCACCUGUUCACUCCAGGGGACCUUGAAAGAUUGACUAUUUUCCAACAUACUUUGCUAUCACCCUGCACCUCAGAAAAGCGAUAUCAUGCUGUUAAUCAAAAUUAUUUAAAAUAACCUAGAUGAUUGAACUUCAAUAUAAUGAAACAUACAAUUCUGUCAAGUUGCUUAAUGCGCUUAAAGAUAUACUAUGCUCAUAUUUAGGUAAAUUACUUUUAUUGCAAACAUGUAUUGAAAUCUAGGAAACUCGAAUGAAUAUGUCUAAUUGGAAUAAGAGUAUACACAAACUAUGUUUUGAAAACUGCAUUCCCUAUUACUGGUUCUUAGCCUAAAUUGCUUAGUAUAUGAAACUUGGUUAGCAUGUUUGUCCCAGAAGUUACUCGUAUGAGUUUGAAUAUAGGUAUUCUCGGAUGAAAAACUAGGUAACAUGACCUGAAAAUGGAAUAAUCUUGUUAAUAUUCUAGAGGCUACUGUUUUUAUCCAAAUAUCAGGACAAUUUGUCAGAAAGGUUGUUUGGAUGAUUUCUAGUUAAAGUUCCAAUAUGGGUCAUCAUGGGUAAAAAAUUAGGGUUAUGCAGCCCAAACAUGGAAAAACCUUACACUCAAGAGGUGACAGUCAGCCCAAAUAUCCUGAAAAUAUGUCAGAAAGGUUGUUUGGAUGAUUUCUAGCUCAAGUUCCAAUAUGGGUCAUCUGGGGUCAAAGACUUUGUUAAACAGCCCAAAAAAAGAAAAAAAACAACCAAACUUGUUAACACUCUUAAGACAACAUUUUCAGUCCAAAUAUAAAUGAAAUUUGUUAGACUGGUUUGGUUGUUUCUAUGAUUUCUAGAUCAAGUUCAAAUAUGGGUCAUUUUUGGUAACUAAGUUUAAAGCUGUCUAUCCAGGUGAAUGAUAUAGUGUCAUUGUUCUCUUGUUUAGUGACAGUAUUUAUUCAUACUGUACGUUUAGGAUAAUUAUUUAGUGACACGGUGGUCAAGUCCACUAUUACGGUACAUGUACACAAAUUGUUUCAACAUGAAAUACUCAUGCACUGCACAAGUACUAUGACUACUGCAUAAUACACACUACACACGAUAAAAAAUUUAUUACCGGUAAAUUUUAAACAUUAGAUAUUAAAACAAAAAAAAAAAGAAAAAAAAUACAGAAACAAAAAAAAGUUGGAUCUAACUUGUGAAAAAAAUUCAGUUGUAUUGCAUCCCAUUGACUUUACCAACUUUGCUAUCAAGACAUUUAAAA